UCCAAGCUCUAGCUACGACCGGCAUCAGCGACCGGCAUGCAGCGGGGCGGCCUGCGGAAGAACAACGACGCCCGGGGGCGCUCUGGAUCCGCUUCUUGUGCGCUUUGAAAUUGACUGCUCCGUCACUAUUUUCCGAGUCACCAUUUGUGUUUCAGUGUUUGUUUAUUCUGCGUUGUCGUCCAUCUAGUGGCUGCGCACUGAUCUCUACCUGCUCAUCACUACUGUAGCUGCUCCACGCUCGCUAGCGACCCCCGCGCCGCGCGUGUGCCCAUGGCGGCGGAGGUCACCCUGCGCCGCUUCGACCUCUCGGACGUCGACGCCAUGAUGGCAUGGGCGUCCGACCCCGAGGUCGCCGCCUUCUGCCGCUGGGAGCCCGGCUACGUGGUCAGGCGGUACCAGUACCAGUACUGGUGCCGCGGGGAACACCCCGUACUGGUCUACUUCUCCCCGCCCCGCGACGCCCUGCUCGCGUUCCUCCGGGGCACCGACCCUCCGCACACCUGGAUCCGCGCCGUCUGCCUCGGCUGCGCCAUCGUGGGCGCGGUGACCGUGUCGCGCACAGAGGACCGGUGCCGCGCGGAGGUCGGGACCGCGCUGGCGCGCGCGCACCGGGGCAGGGGCACGGCCGCGGCGGCCCUGAGGCUCGCGGCGACCACGGCGUUGGGGGACCUGGAGGGCGUGGAGCGCGUGGAGGCGCUGGUGGACGCGGACGACGCCGCGUCCCGGCGCGCGGUGGAGGACGCCGGGUUCCGCCGCGAGGCCGUGCUGCGGAGCCACCGCGACGCCAGGGACGUGGUCGUCUACAGCCUCAUCUCCACCGACGACGACCCACUCAUCGACUUACCCAGUUCAUGACCUUGUUGGCCGGCUUGUUGCCAUGCGAUGC